GGCUGGGGCGCCGGGGUCGCCAGCUCCUCGCCCACCUCCCUCCCUGUGGGAGAAGAGGAGGAGGGGAAGUGACUACGGAGUUGAUGAACUUUGCACAUCCAGAAACGCCAUUUUGAUUCCUUUUCCGGAACAAGUUUGCAUCUCUCCUCGUUCUCUCCCCAAAGCCCACCGGUCCCCACGGCAUCAUGCCCGGGAGCCCAGCGCCCUGCCGUGCCGUUGCUCCCACUCCGCUCCAGAGGCUUUGAGGUGUGACCCUGCCCACAUUUGGGCCCAGCCAGCACCAGUUCCUCAGUAAGGAGGCCAGCUUGAUAAGACAAAGAAAACAGUGUCAACGAGUGAUACCGAGAAGAAAAAAAAGAAGUGAAACGCAGACUCAUUUCCUACUCCACGUGGAUAUAGCUAUAGCAAGGGAAAAUCUCAUAGUGUAUCAGUUGGGGCAGAAAAUGGAGGUAAUUGGCAGUGGGCUGGGCUUUCUUCCUUCCAUUUUCUGGGGUAUAGGUACAUUACCUAUUUGUAUUUUUUAAGAAGCAGUCUUUUUUAUGUUGAUUUGAAAUUUGGUUCUAAUCUUUGAUAGGGUUGGCACCUCAGUUGUCUUACAGUUUGGGCCCCAUUGAAAUCACUGGCUUGCGGCAGUGGAGUUCAGUAAAACCUGCUGAUUUCUAAGUUGUCAGGUCUACAUUCCUGUAGCAGUAAAUGAGUUAGGUUAUGAGGAGGGUGCUGGCCGGUGGCAGCUCCCUGGGCUUCCUAAUUGUUGGCUCAGCCUUUGCCACUCUGCCUAAUGAAAGAUUAGGAAAGGCAAAGAGACCUGCCUCAGGUGGCCUUGGGAGUUGUAUUGGUGGCAUACACUUAGAAAGGAAGUAAGGUUUUUCUUUGAUAUGACAGCACUUCAUUUAGAUGAAAGCUUAAGUCAUGGAUGUGAGUGUCCUCUUGAACUGAAGACAGGGUUUUAGGUGUUUUAGCCUGACUCACAGUUAUGGUAGCCAUGGCCAGGGCCACCUGGCUCUGACAGAUGCCUAAAUUUCCCAAUGAUCACAUCAGCAAUUUCCAAUUUUCAGUUCUAUGGCAGAGGCUUCUUAGAAGCUUAAACCCUUGUCCCAAUGAUGUCAAGUUCGCCCAUUGGCUUGGAAGGUUCAGACUUGUCUUCCAUCAACACCAUGAUGUCAGCAGUAAUGAGUGUAGGGAAGGUCGCCGAGAAUGGCGGGAGCCCCCAGAGCAUCAAGUCCCCCAUGAAGCCUCCAGGACCAAAUCGGAUUGGCAGAAGGAACCAGGAAACGAAAGAGGAGAAGUCUUCCUACAACUGUCCCCUGUGUGAAAAGAUUUGCACUACACAGCACCAGUUAACUAUGCACAUUCGUCAGCACAACACAGACACUGGAGGGGCAGACCAUUCGUGCAGCAUCUGCGGGAAGUCUCUGAGCUCGGCCAGCUCCCUGGACCGCCACAUGCUGGUGCACUCUGGCGAGAGGCCUUACAAGUGCACUGUGUGUGGCCAGUCUUUUACCACCAAUGGGAAUAUGCACAGACAUAUGAAGAUUCAUGAGAAGGACCCUAACAGUGCUACUGCUACAGCCCCUCCAUCCCCGCUGAAGCGCAGGCGGCUGUCCUCCAAAAGGAAACUGAGUCACGAUGUCGAGUCAGAGAAAGAAGACCCAGCUCCUUCUAAAAAGAUGGUAGAAGAUGGGCAGUCAGGUGACUUGGAGAAGAAGGCUGAUGAAGUGUAUCACUGCCCAGUGUGUUUCAAGGAGUUUGUUUGCAAGUAUGGACUGGAGACCCACAUGGAGACCCACUCAGAUAACCCACUAAGAUGUGACAUUUGCUGUGUCACCUUUCGAACUCAUCGAGGAUUGCUACGUCACAAUGCGCUUGUCCACAAACAGCUUCCCAGAGACUCGACGGGAAGGCCUUUCAUCCAGAACAACCCUUCCAUUCCUGCUGGCUUCCAUGACUUGGGAUUCACUGACUUCUCCUGCAGGAAAUUUCCUCGGAUUUCUCAGGCCUGGUGUGAAACAAACCUGCGAAGGUGCAUCAGUGAGCAGCACCGUUUUGUCUGUGACGUCUGCGACAAGGCAUUCCCCAUGCUCUCCUCGCUCGCCCUACAUAAGCAGACUCAUGUCACUAUGGACCAGGGACGGGAAAGGCUGCAAGCCAAGACCCUACCUGGUGACGCCCUGGACCAGAAGGUCUUCCUGGCCUUCCUGGGCCUGCAGCACACCAAAGACGUCAAGCCUGUCCCGGCCGAGGAGCCCCUGCCGGAUGACAACCAAGCAAUACAGUUCCAGGCACUCAAGUGUCAGCUACCUCAGGACCCCGGCUGCACCAACAUGCUGAGGCUGUCUCCUUUCGAAGCUUCUUCCCUGGGGGGAUCUGUCACAGUCCUCCCAGCUACCAAGGAGAGCAUGAAGCACCUGUCCCUGCAGCCCUUCCAAAAGGGCUUCAUCAUCCAGCCCGACAGUAGUAUUGUGGUCAAGCCCAUCUCCGGGGAGUCGGCUAUUGAGCUGGCCGACAUUCAGCAGAUCCUGAAGAUGGCAGCCUCAGCGCCCCCUCAAAUCAGUCUUCCGCCUCUCUCCAAGGCCCCUGUCACCCCUCUGCAGGCAAUUUUCAAACACAUGCCCCCUUUGAAGCCAAAGCCCCUGGUCACACCGCGGACGGUGGUGGCCACCUCAACACCCCCCCCUCUCAUCAAUGCCCAGCAGGCCUCCCCUGGUUCCAUCAGUCCCAGCCUGCCUCCACCGCCACUGAAGCUCCUCAAAGGCUCCGUUGAGGUGGCCAGUGCCCACCUGCUGCAGUCCAAGUCUGGGGUCCAGCCACACACGGCCAUGCAGCUCUUCCUGCAGCAGCCACGGGUGGAGCUGCCUGGCCAGGCUGAGAUGAAGACACAGUUGGAGCAGGACAGCAUCAUCGAGGCCCUGCUGCCCCUGAACAUGGAGGCCAAGAUCAAGCAGGAGAUAACGGAGGGGGACCUCAAGGCCAUCAUGACCGGCCCGGGCAGCAAGAAAUCGCCAGCCAUGCGCAAGGUGCUCUAUCCCUGUCGCUUCUGCAACCAGGUGUUCGCCUUCUCCGGCGUGUUGCGCGCGCACGUGCGCUCCCACCUGGGCAUCUCUCCAUACCAGUGCAACAUCUGCGACUACAUCGCUGCGGACAAGGCCGCGCUUAUCCGCCACCUGCGCACGCACAGUGGCGAGCGGCCCUAUAUCUGCAAGAUCUGCCACUACCCUUUCACCGUCAAGGCCAACUGCGAGCGGCACCUGCGCAAGAAGCACCUCAAGGCCACACGCAAGGACAUCGAGAAGAACAUUGAGUACGUGACCAGCAGCGCGGCCGAGAUGGUGGACGCCUUCUGCUCCCCAGACACCGUGUGCCGGCUGUGCGGCGAAGACCUGAAACACUACCGCGCCCUGCGCAUCCACAUGCGCACGCACUGCGGCCGCGGCCUGGGCGGCUGCCCCAAGGGCCCCAAGCCCUUCGAGUGCAAGGAGUGCAGCGCUGCCUUCUCAGCCAAGCGCAACUGCGUCCACCACAUCCUUAAGCAGCACCUGCAUGUGCCCGAGCACGACAUCGAGAGCUACAUCCUGGCAGCGGAUGGCCUGGGCUCCAAGGAGGCCCCGGUGGCUGAGGCCUCAGCGAGGAUGGAGGAGGGCAGUGGGGCCUUUGGCGAGCUCAAACCCCUUGCCACCUUUCUGGAGUCUCAGAAUGGCUAUCUUCAUGCGGGCCCCACCCAGCCUCCGCCUUCCCAAGUCUCUGUCAAGUUGGAGCCAGCCAGCAACUUCUCAGUAGACUUCAACGAGCCUCUGGACUUUUCCCAGAAGGGCCUGGCCCUGGUCCAAGUGAAGCAGGAAAACGCAGCCUUGUUCCUGAGCCCCUCUUCCUCGGCCCCCUAUGACUGCUCCAUGGAGCCCAUUGACCUGUCCAUCCCCAAGAACUUUAGGAGAGGAGACAAGGAUUCGGCUGCUCCCAGUGAAGCCAAGAAGCCUGAGCAGGAACCAGGGAGCAGGGAGCAACCCUCUCCCUGUCCACCACCGUGCCCUACUCUGCCGGUGACCUUGGGGCCCAGUGGAAUCCUGGAAAAACCCUUGGCCCUUUCAGCAGCAGCCUCAACAGCCACUACUCUGGAAGCCCAUGCUCAGCCCCUGCAGGGCUCCCUUCAGGUCACUGUCCCUAUUUACUCAUCAGCUCUCAUCAACAGCUCCCCUCUCUUGGGCAACUCCACCCUGAUAAGCAGCCCAGCCUUAUUGCGGCCUCUACGCCCCAAGCCCCCCCUGCUCUUGCCAAAGCCCCCUAUGACAGAAGAGUUGCCCCCACUGGCCUCCAUCGCCCAGAUCAUCUCAUCGGUAUCCUCGGCCCCCACCUUGCUCAAAACCAAGGUGGCUGACCCGGGGCCCACCAGCACCAGCAGUAACACCACAACUUCAGACAGCUUAGGAAGCACUGCCCCCAAAGCUGCCACUGCCCCCGCCGACACCACCAGCCCAAAAGAAUCCAGCGACCCACCCCCUGCUGCCAACAGUCCAGAGGCAGCUUCACCCACCGAGCAGGGGCCAGCUGGCUUGUCAAAGAAGAGAGGCCGGAAAAGGGGGCUGAGGAGCCGACCCCGCACCAGCAGUGGUGGGGUCGACCUGGACUCCAGCGGGGAAUUUGCCAGCAUUGAGAAGAUGCUGGCCACCACAGACACCAACAAGUUCAGUCCAUUUCUGCAGACAGCAGAGGAUGAUACUCAGGACGAGUUGGCCAGCACCCCCAUGGACCACAAUGGGCCCAGUGACGAAGAGCGGGGCAGCCCCCCAGAAGACAAGCUGCUGAGGGCAAAGCGGAACUCUUACGCCAACUGCCUGCAGAAGAUCAACUGUCCCCACUGCCCACGCGUCUUCCCUUGGGCUAGCUCCCUCCAGAGGCACAUGCUCACACACACUGGUCAGAAACCCUUCCCUUGUCAAAAAUGCGAUGCCUUCUUUUCUACCAAAUCUAACUGUGAACGCCACCAGUUGCGCAAACAUGGAGUUACCAACUGUUCCCUGAGAAGAAACGGGCUUAUUCCCCAGUCAAAAGAGAGUGAUCUUGGACCCCAUGAUAGCACAGACAGCCAGUCAGACGCAGAGAUCUCGGCCGCGGGGGGCGAAGUGCUGGACCUCACCUCUCGGGAGAGAGAGCAUCCGUGGUCAGAGGGGGCCCCUGAGCCUGACCAGGUCAAAGAAGAGGCCCCUGUGGAGGAGCUGACUCGGGGAGCAGCCGAGCCCGUGGAUGGGGAGGAGCGGGGAGCGGCGGAGAGCCCGGAGCCCGAGGAGAAGCACGUGGCGGGGAGGGACGGAGAGGAAGACGGCCCGGAGGACGACGCGGUCAGCAACAAGAGCCUGGACCUCAACCUUGCCAGCAAGCUGAUGGGCUUCAAGCUGGCCGAGGGCGACGCCGAUGCCGUGGGCGGCGGGGGCUCGGCCCAGCAGGACCAGAAGCACACCUGCGAUGUCUGCGGCAAGAGCUUCAAGUUCGUCGGGACCCUGAGCCGCCACAGGAAGGCCCAUGGCCGCGAGGUGCCCCGGGAGGAGAGCCCGCUUCCUCGGGAGGGCCAGGGCGAGAGGAGGGCGGCCGAGGGGUCCCUGCCUGUCCCCGCUGCUGCUGCUGCCCUGGAGCCAGAGGAGAAGCCCGAGCCCCCUGCCGAGGGGGAGGCCGUGUCAGAAGGCUCAGGAGAGAAACAGAGCGAGGAGGCGGAGGGUACCUCCGACGGGGAGGGCGCGGCCGAGAAGAAGUCCUCCGAGAAGAGUGACGAUGACAAGAAGCCAAAGACGGACUCCUCCCGGAGUGUGUCCAGCAAGGCGGACAAGAGGAAGAAGGUCUGCACCGUGUGCAACAAGAGGUUCUGGUCUCUGCAGGACCUGACCCGGCACAUGAGGUCCCACACGGGAGAAAGGCCGUACAAAUGUCAGACCUGCGAGCGAACCUUCACCUUGAAGCACAGCCUGGUUCGCCAUCAGCGUGUCCACCAGAAAGCCAGGCACGCCAAACAUCACGGGAAGGACAGCGGGAAGGACAGCGACAAGGACGAGCGGGGCGAGGAGGAUAGUGAGAGCGAGUCCAUCCACAGUGGCAACAACCCCGUCUCAGAGAAUGAGGCCGAUUCAGCUCUGUUGGCCAGCAACCAUGUGGCUGUCACCCGGAGCCGGAAGGAGAGCCUGGCCAAGGACGUCGGCCGCAGGGAGGACAGGGCUGCAGGUCGGACGGCUGGUGCCGGGCAGGCUGAAGCCGGCAGGAGUGCUCCCAAGACCGCUCCCAUGGGCAGCCCCAAGGAGCAAGCACCUCAGGGUGACCAUGAUCCGGAGAGCCCGGUGGCCCUCACGCAAGACCUGCUGGAGCUGAACGGCAAGAGGCCCGCUCACCCCAUCCUGUCCGCCGCCGACGGUGCCUCGCCACUGCUGGGGAUGGAAUGACGGCUCCUCUCCCCCAGCACACAGAUGAAAGCCAGCAGAGCAAAGUGUCCUGAAUCUAUGUUUCGCGAGGCUUCCUCAGUGCCCUUCAGCUGCUGGAGAGUGCGCGUCGAGGAGGAGGGGGCCAUCUCUCCAUGCCACAGCCUUACCUGCCCGUGCAGGAGACCAGCGCGGACGAUUCGAGUGCCUUAACUACUUACCGGUCCUUCAGUGUCGUCCUGGGUGUUGUGUUGUCCCAAAAAGACUUUUUAAAAACAAAGCAAAUAUUUUAAUGAAUUAUUUGGAGAGGACCUUUUCAUUUAAGCAUUAACGUUGCCUUCUGUGUUGGUGUGUGUGAGCUUGUUCUUGCGAAUCUGUGAUAGUGACGUACUUUUUGUGAGCUGGAAACAGAAGAAAAAACAUGCCCUUGGAUACCCAUAGCCAAUAACUGGAAGAAAAUGAUGUGAAUUUCAUGUAAAUUACCAGAGGAAAUAUGGAUGAGAUGCUCAUUUCUGAUAGACCUUUUUCUUUCUCUCUCUUUUUUUUGGUCUGCUAUAUGGCGGAGCUGUAAUUUGGUCCUCGAUGUUGCAGGAUGUGGUGGAUGGAGUUUUCCAAUUUGGUUCAAGCCAAAACCAGGACAGAUUCCAGCUUCGACCUCAUACGUGUUUCCACUCUCAGCAUUAGACAUGCUGUUCCUAUUCAAGUUUCAAGACGUUUUUUCUUAACUUAGAGAGAAGAGUUACCCUGGCAACUUAAUCUAUGGAGAACAUGCACAGAUGUCAUGUGUCUGAUUUCCCCCCUUUCAGUAUAUAUAUUAUUAAUAUUAUUAUUAUUUUUUUUUUAGCUCAUCAGUUUGCUGGUCUCUGCAGUAAGCAGAAACAAAUGGGCAAUAUUUGUCCUGGAGACCCGGGUCCCCCGGGUCCUCGUGUAAGCGUCUGCCCGCAGCUUUCCUUGCCGCCCCUGGGUGGGAGCUCUUCUACUGUACUUAGACAAGCCUUUCUUCCGUGACUGCAGAAUCCAGCAGGGUCCCCCCGCACGCGGCCGGCCGAGGAGCAGCUCAGAGGGGGAGAGGGUGCAUGCGCCCAGGGCUGUUGAGGAAGCCGGGCAGAGAGGAGACCGGCCACCCACCGGUCCCCUGCCAAACCCAGCCCAAGCCUUACCCGCGUGUGCUACUGUCAUUUGCAAAGUGAGGAAAUACUACUACUGGUAAUAAAACUGCACAUGCAAGAUUGAAAACGAGAAGUAGAUUUCUAUUUACCUUCCUGCGAUUUGGGAUUGGUGCUUGAAGAUAAAUGUGUUGUUCCUAGUUUCUGAAAUAACCUGAACCUCUGGGUACCAAAAGGCAGGGUGUUUUUUGUUUGUUUGUUUGUUUUUUUUGGGGGGGGGGUGUUGGUGAGCAUACUAUGCAGGCAAUAGACUUCCCUCACUGUAGACGCCAGCAGUGAAAAGAAAUAUAUCCUACUGUAGCUGAGCUCGGGCUCAGCAUCCUGUCCUUCAGCUGGGACCUCUAGGACGCCCAGGGCCCAGUGCCGCUGGGCCUCCUGCUGCUCCACCACUCAGAUCCUCAUGCCUUGCCCUGGGGGAGCCCCUACGCCUGCCGCCCUCCCCGGCCCCUCCUCCCCCUCAGUGUAAGUGUGCAGACAGGCACACAGACCCCUCCUGUCCAGUUUCUGGUGGCCAAAACCCAACUACCCAGACUUCAAAGGAAGAUAUAUAUUCUUGAAAUAAUGGAAAGCGAUGUCUUUGCAUGUGAAAGGAAAAAAGUUGAGGUAUAUAUAAUUUUUAACUGUAUUGGGGAUGCAUGAACUAGCUUCAGAAUGGAGUUUCGUUUACUCCAGGCGAAUGCACGUCAGAACCAGCCGUCCCCGUAUCACUUUGAACCAGGUGUGAUCCGCUCAGUUAAAGCCAGUUCAUGCAUCCCUUCCUUUUUUAUGACGAUUGUUGUUGUUUUCGUUGUUGCUGUUAUUUGGGGUUUCUCGCGUUUUCUUUUUCUUUGCAACUCUCCACACGAAAGCUGCCCCCUUUGUGGAGAGGCCGUGACGUAACUACGCUGCAGCGAGACGCAGCUCGCCGCGAUCACUAUUGAUUUAAAGCUUUAUUUAGCCUCCCUCCGCCCCGUAGUCGGUAAGGUCUUGCCACAUUUUAUUAGCGAGGUUGAGAAAUGUAUUAUUUGUUUGUUCUGCCCCCCCCAAUAUUAAACUGUGAAAUUUGUGAUUUGUUUAAACUCUGGGUGAAUCGUAGCUUAGUCUGCAUGUCCCGCUAAUUUGUUUCUAUACAUUUUGUUUGAUUCUUUCUCCUCUCAGGGCUUUUACAAAAAAUAUAUAUAUAAGGAUCUUCUAAAAAGUUUUUUUGAGGUGCAAGUUUUUCUCUUUGAUUUGUGGACACAAUGCUGAGAUUCAAUCACUACAUGAAACUCCUGGCUGUGAAAACAAAACAGAAAACCCGGGGGGCUGCUCCCCGAGCGCCCGGGGGCUACAUGGCAGUCGGAUGGUUUUCGCCGCCCCUUCAACACUCUGUUCGCCUCUUUUCUCUCCUGUCUUUUCUUCAAGAAGGAAGUUGAUCCCGGUGAUUUCAGCCCGUGCAUUAAACAGGAAACAAUAAUAAAUGUGUAGAGUUCAUAUUUUUCUAAAGGGAACUUAAAAACUGCUGCUACAGGUUAUGUACAAAACUGGUUUAUGCCACAUGAACAGAAUCACAAGAUUAGUUUUGGUACUUUCGUCCCUCUUUGUACUCGGUUGUAUAAUACUUCCAAAUUCAAAUGAGAAGAAAAGCUGUUCUGUAUCAAACCAUCUAAGCAAUAAAUGUUAUAUUUUAAAAACGGCCGAUUGCUCGUCA